AUGUCCUGGCUUCAACUCUUCCGUAUCGCUGUUAUGGGGUGGAUAAUAUUCUGCUCCCUCAUACUCCUGGGCCUCGGCGCCCACCUCGUCUCAGUCCUCAAGGGCCAAACCGUCCAAAACUUCGCUUGGGGAGGGCUCGCGGUCGCCACCGCGGUUCUCACCUUUGUCUCUGUCCCCGCCAUGAUUGCCAUUGAUAUGCUGCGCUCGGGGGUCUUCACAUCCAUGAUCGUGGUCGAGAUUGCUUGGCUGAGCUUCCUCGGCGUGCUCUUCCUCGCGACCGGCGGAUCGGCGGCAGCCACCGCGACCACCUUCUGGGGCUCGUGCUCGCGCGCGGCAGCCCAGUUCCAGGGCCUCUGCCACGAGACCUCCGCCACUGCCGCGUUCGGCUUCCUCGGCUGGAUCCCCCUGUGGGCGUACACGAUCACGCUGCUCGUCAUGCUCGUCCUCCCCGCGCAGCGCAGCGACCGCGUCUGGCUGAAGUCCGUCAAGGAGGCCGACCUCGACAAGACCGCAGUGCCGACCUCGCCAAUAGGCCCCAAUGCCCCGAUGAUGGGCAUGCAGCCGUACCCGCCGUACGCGGACGUGCCUCCACAGCCGGCGGACUACUCGCAGGGGCCGCACCCGCAGGUGUAG